GUGGUGCGCAUGCUCUGUUUAGUAGCCGGUUAUGGCGGCGGCGAUGUGUGUUUGUCCAUGAGGCGGAUGAGCGCGAGCUAUUCUCACCGACUGAACCUGAACGAAAGCAUUGAUGGCGGGUGUAUUCGACAUCGAUUUGGAUCAGCCGGAGGAAAAUGUCUCCGACGAUGAGCUCGAGGAGGCUCAGAUCAACGAUUUCAUGGACCAGUGCAGUGGCUUUGAAUUCAAUAUGGACGACUGUGAGAAGAUUGAGAUAUCUGAGGACAACGUCAACCAAGGAAAAGAGAACAUCAGGCCAGAGUGUUUUGAGCUGCUGCGGGUGCUGGGAAAGGGCGGUUAUGGAAAGGUUUUUCAAGUUCGAAAAGUUGCUGGAGCAGCAUCAGGGAAGAUAUUUGCCAUGAAGGUUUUAAAGAAGGCUAUGAUUGUACGCAAUGCUAAGGACACGGCCCACACCAAGGCAGAGAGGAACAUCCUGGAGGAAGUGAAGCAUCCUUUCAUCGUGGAUCUCAUCUACGCCUUCCAAACGGGGGGCAAGCUGUACCUCAUCCUGGAGUACCUCAGUGGUGGAGAGCUGUUUAUGCAACUAGAAAGAGAAGGGAUUUUUAUGGAAGACACAGCCUGCUUUUACCUGGCAGAAAUUUCCAUGGCUCUGGGCCAUCUGCACCAGAAAGGCAUCAUCUAUAGAGACCUGAAGCCUGAAAACAUAAUGCUUAACAACCAAGGCCAUGUGAAACUGACUGACUUUGGGCUGUGUAAAGAGUCCAUUCACGGCGGCACAGUCACCCAUACUUUCUGUGGCACCAUAGAGUACAUGGCUCCAGAGAUCCUGAUGAGAAGUGGACACAACAGAGCAGUGGACUGGUGGAGUCUUGGAGCGCUUAUGUACGACAUGCUGACUGGAGCGCCACCCUUCACUGGUGAAAACAGGAAGAAGACCAUUGACAAAAUCUUAAAAUGCAAGCUGAACCUCCCACCCUACCUCACACAAGAAGCCAGAGAUCUCCUGAAAAGGCUUCUGAAGAGAAAUGCCUCAUCAAGACUUGGAGCAGGGGCUGGAGAUGCUACAGAGGUGCAGUCUCAUGCCUUCUUCCGACACAUUAACUGGGAAGAGCUCCUGGCCAGGAAAGUGGAGGCUCCAUUCAAGCCUUUCCUGCAAUCUGCUGAAGAUGUGAGCCAGUUUGACUCCAAGUUCACCAGCCAGACACCAGUAGACAGCCCAGACGACUCUACGCUUAGUGAAAGCGCCAACCAAGCCUUUCUGGGCUUUACGUAUGUUGCUCCAUCAGUACUGGAAAAUGUAAAGGAAAAGUUCUCAUUCGAGCCAAAAAUCCGCUCACCCCGACGGUUUUUGGGGAGCCCAAGAACACCAGUCAGCCCUKUCAAGUUCUCUGCCGGUGACGUGUGGCCCCGGGGCCCAUUGAUGCCCGGCGGAUCCUCUCUAUGUCUCCAGUCGCCACAGGAGCAGGUAAUGUAUGUGUCAACCKCAGAACAGAUGGAUGUGCAGUCCAGCUCUGAGGCCUCAGCCCCCCUACCCAUCCGCCAGCCUACGGGGGCCAACCUGUCCCAGUUCAAACAACAGGCCUACCCCGUCAUGGCCAAGAGGCCCGAGCAUUUACGCAUGAACCUAUGACCAGCAGCUCAUCUUAGAGGACUUUUUUUCUUUGUUGAUAAUUACUCUUUAUUUUUUAAGAUAAGGACACUAGAGACAAUGAAAAUCUAAAUUUCACUUCUACACACACAAUCACUACCUGAAGUCUCCCCAAGGCUGUAACCUCCAGUGUGCUGCAGCUGAGCUCGGCAGACGAGGCCACUCCCUCAGGUCCCCUUGACCUCUGCAGCCUGACCCCUAACAGGACUGGACCAGCGGGACGGGGCAUCACUAUGGAUAUUUAACUUUUUUUAUUACUCCAUCCUACCACAAAAAAAGGAAUGAGAUAAAACGUAUCAAAUGUGACCCAUCACAAUUCACACUAACGUGCAGUAUAUAAAACAUKAUCCAAAGUCCUUCAUGUUAGAUGAUUGACUGCUGAUGAGGAAUGAAUUGCUUCCACUGAACACUUGGGAGAUUUGACAGUAUUUCUUGAAGGUUGCUUCCUGGCUCAGGAUGAAAUCAUACAAAUUAUUGUUAUUUGAAAACAAAUGAUUGGGAGGGGUAUCAAUAAGCUGAGGUUCUGAACAUAGCUUUAUGUCUUAAGUAUUUUACAAAACGGAUGCAUCUACUGUGCUAUAUCAAUGAUGGAUCAAUUCAUGAGGGCCUCAAUAAAAAUACAUGUUUACUUUUUACAUUUUGAAUUACUAGCUGAAUGUGGACUUUUGGUUAUUACAUUUGUAUUAUUGUACUGAUAGAGAAGAGAAUGUUGUUGGGUAAGAACUAAAUGAGUACAUGCACAUUCUCUAAUAUUAAACAAUAUGCACCACACUAAAAUGAA